UGCAAAAAGCUUCACGAAUAUAUGACACCGGAAGAAGUGAUGGCAGUGUUCCACACAGAUCAUAAAGAAGUACCGGAUUAUGAUGUCGUUCCAAUAAAACACACCGUCCAUCGAAGAAAUUUGGAUGACGAUCAAGAAAUACAAUUUAAAGCUUUCGACAAAGACAUUAAAUUGUAUCUUAAUCCUACGGAGGGAAUCCUUGCUGGCGAAAAAACACCCGUAUGGACAGUCUCUUCCAAUCCAGAUUAUCCCGAGGGAUUAAAAUAUGAUUUAGUACCUAAUGCCAUGAAAGAUAUAGGGAAAACAUUUCAUGAUAUGAAUAAUACAGCAUCGAUAUUGAUGAGAUUGGAUGCUAAUAAAAGAUUACAUCUUAACGGAAUCAUUUCUUCCGCUAAUAAAGUAAUUCGAUCAUUACCACGACGCAUUAUAAAUGACAUAUUAUACAAAGGAUUAAAUCUAUACGAAUCAUAUCAUAAUAAAAAUUUAACUGAUAACGAUGAUCUUGCAUAUACUCAUCAUCAUGUUAUUUAUGAUAUACCAAAGAAUAAAAAAAAACAAUACAAAGAAUUUAAAUUAACAGAUCCAAUUAAAUACGACAGUAACAUUAAAAAAAAACACAAUGUACCAGAUAUUAUCUAUCCAGAAAUAUUAAUCAUAAUGGAUAACAGUGAAUACGCAUUGGUUGGUAAUAAUAUCGAACAUGCCAUAAAAUAUAUCCUAUCAUUUUGGAAUGCUGUAGAUUUAAGAUACAGAUUAUUAAAUAAUCCAAAAAUUCGAUUUAACAUUGCCGGUAUAGUUAUUGCCUUGGAUAAUAAUGCAACUUCAUACAUGGAAAAAAAUCGUUUAGAAAGUGAUUCGCUUAUGGUUGAUGUUGAUAAAGCUUUACGUGACAUGGCAGAUUAUAUUUAUAGAGAGACAAGAUUUCCAAUUGGUUUCUAUGACAUAGCGAUCACUAUGACCCAAUUAGAUAUAUGUAACAUGUUUGACAAUUAUUGCGACGAUUCGACACUUGGUUAUGCGUAUGUAUCAGGUGCAUGUAACAGACAGGACGAUAACAAAACUUCAGAAAUGGCUGGUAUCGUUGAGGAUAAUGGUGGUUUUAGUGGAAUUAUACCGGCUGCUCAUGAAAUUGGCCAUUUAAUUGGUGCAAGACACGAUGGUAAUCCAAAUUAUGCUACUGAUUGUUCAGAAUAUGAUGGCUACAUAAUGACCAGUGGAUUAAUGUUAAAUGAAAAUGGAUUUGAAUGGUCCAAUUGUACUAUAAAUGCAUUUUAUUCCUUUCUCAAUGAAGAUAGAGCAAAAUGUCUUUACAAUGAACCUGUAAAUGAUAAUCCAUUACCGCGAAUUCUACCAGGCAAAUUAAUGUCACUCGAUUAUCAAUGUAAAAAAGUACAUGGUCCUGAAGCAGAAGCAUGUAAUACUGAUCAUACUGUUUGUACUAGAUUAGAUUGUUUAAUACCAGGAAAUAUAAAAGCUUGUACAGCUAUAGCACCAGCAGCUGAAGGGUCUCCCUGUGGAAAAGGUGUUUUUUGUCUCAAUGGUAAAUGCGUUUUGGAAGGAUCAUAUAUGAAAUCUAUCAAUAAUAAAUUCUGGUUAAGACGUUUCCAACCAUUAUUCAAACUUCAAAAGAUUGUAAAAUUAUUUGGCUAA